UUUUUAUGUAUUGUUUAUCUAUGAAAUCAUUACUUCUUAAAACACAAAUUAGAUACUCGUUUCUAUCUAAUUAAUUAUUUUAUCAAUUAAUUGACAUCCAAGGUUGAUAGCCAAUUUAUUAUAUGUUGGUGUAAUAUUUUUCUCCGUUUUCAAAAAUGUUAAAAUUUCUUAACCUACUAAAAUUAUGAUAUUUAGAUCAUUUAUACAAUCAACAAAGUUUGUGACAAUAAAGAAUGUGGUAAAUAAUAUAAUUAGUUAUAAAUUCAGUACUAGUACCAAAUUUUAUGAAUAUUCAAAGCUGCCAAACAUGAUGAAAGUUCUUAAUGUUGCUGAGAAAAAUGAUGCUGCAAAAAAUAUUGCUGGACUCCUAUCAAGAGGCACAAGCCGAAAAAGAGAGGGGUUAUCAAAGUUUAACAAAAUAUACGAGUUCAACUUCAAGCUAUGGAAUAAAGAUUGUCUAAUGAUUAUGACAUCUGUAUCAGGUCAUUUAAUGGGUUACGAAUUUGUUGGUGCUUAUAGACAAUGGCAAGGAUGUAGCCCUUUAGCAUUAUUUGAUGCACAAGUAGUAAAACAAUGUACAGAUGAAAAUUAUGUAAAAAUUAAACGGACAAUAGAAAGAGAAGUAAAAGCAUGUGAAGCUUUAAUUAUCUGGACUGAUUGUGAUAGAGAAGGAGAAAAUAUUGGAUUUGAAAUAAUUCAAGUUUGUCAAGCAGUAAAACCACGUCUUCAAAUUUAUAGAGCUGUAUUUUCUGAAAUUACUGGAGCUUCUAUUACAAGAGCUAUUAAUAAUCUUACUGAACCAAACAAAGCUUUAAGUGAUGCUGUAGAUGUACGUAGUGAAUUAGACUUACGAAUCGGUGCAGCAUUCACAAGGUUUCAAACAUUGAGGCUACAGAAAGUCUUUCCCAGAUCUUUGGCUCAAUUACUAAUAAGCUAUGGAAGUUGUCAGUUUCCAACUCUUGGCUUUGUAGUUGAAAGAUUUUUAGCGAUUGAAAAUUUCAAAUCGGAGCCUUAUUGGAAAAUAAAAGUACUUGAUGAUCAUGAUGGUAUUUGUGUAGAAUUUCGUUGGGCAAGAGGCAGACUUUUUGAGAAGUUACCCUGUGAAAUAUUUUUAGAUAUAUGUAGAGAAAAGCCUGAAGCUACAGUUGAAAGUGUAAAUAGUAGACCCAAGAGCAAGUGGCGUCCUUUACCCCUAGAUACUAUUGAACUCGAAAAACAAGGUUCUAAGAAACUGAGAUUAAAUGCCAAGGAAACAAUGAAAAUAGCAGAGAAAUUGUACACUCAAGGUAUUAUAAGUUAUCCUCGUACUGAAACAAACAUUUUUCCAAAAGGAAUGAAUCUUCCAAGAUUGGUUGAGCAACAAAUAAAUCACAAUGCCUGGGGUGGAUUCGCUCAGCGAGUUUUGGAUGAAGGUGUGUCACCACGCCAAGGAAAGAAAAGUGACCAAGCUCACCCUCCAAUUCAUCCAACUAAAUAUGUAGAUAAUCUACAAGGAAACGAGGCUCGUGUUUAUGAAUUUAUUGUCCGUCAUUUUCUUGCCUGUGUAUCUAAAAAUGCUGAAGGAUAUGAAACAACAGUUGAAAUAGAUAUCAAUGGAGAAAAAUUUACAGCAAAUGGUCUUCAAAUUAUUGCAAAAAAUUAUCUGGAAGUUUACGUUUAUGAAAAAUGGAAUGCUAAAGAAAUUCAUAUUUAUCAACCACGUCAAGUGUUUCAACCAACGACUAUCGAUAUGGUGGAAGAAAAUACAUCACCGCCAAACUUAUUAACUGAAGCAGAUUUAAUUGCACUUAUGGAUAAACAUGGGAUUGGCACAGACGCAACGCAUGCUGAACAUAUAGAAACAAUAAAAGCUCGACAAUAUGUUGGUUUAAAAGAUAAUCAAUAUUUUAUGCCAGGAAAAUUAGGAAUCGGUUUAGUUAUGGGCUAUGACAGUAUGGGUUUUCAAAUGUCAAAACCGAAUCUUCGAGCAGAGCUGGAAAAUGAUUUAAAAUUGAUUUGUGAUAGCGCUAAAGAUCCCCAACUAGUGCUCCGAGAGCAAAUAGACAAAUAUCGUAAUGUAUUUCAAGUAGCAAUGCAACGUGCUAAUUUAUUAGACUCUGCAAUAGCUGAGUACAUAGAUGAGAGACCAGUGGGUAAUGUUAGAUUAGAAGAGGUGAUGCCAGUUGAAGAAGUUGGCAUUUUCAAAUGUCCAAAAUGUGGCUUAAACAUGACAUUAAAAGACAGAAGACAAGGUGGUGGAAAAUAUAUUGGUUGUAUGGGAUUUCCUACAUGUAACAAUGUAAUAUGGUUACCACAAUCAGUUACAGAAAUAGAAGUAACUAAUGAAAUUUGUAGUGAUUGUCCAGGUGAUAUGAAAAAAUUAAAGUUUAAGAUGCGACCAAAUAGUUUUCCUAUAUUUGGAACAUCUUAUGAAGCAUGUAUAGGUGGUUGUGAUUCAGUUUUCAAUGACAUGAUGAAUAUAAAUUUGGAAAAUGUUAGAAGAAGUAAUAGAGACAGUGGAUAUAGUAGCACACAAUCUUCAUUAUCAUCACAAAAUUCUAGAGCUACUCAAUCAUCCCAACCAAGACCAUCUGGAAGUACAAGUAAUCGUGGAGGCUCUGGAGGAGCUUAUGGUGGAGCUUCUGGAUCUUCUCGUGGUAGAGGUUCUGGAACUUCUCGUGGUGGAGCUUCUGGAGGUUUAGGAAUGGUAACGUCCAGCAAUAUAAGACCUUCAGCACCAAGCACUCAUGGUAGAGGGGGUAAUUCUUCAUCCAGAGGUCAAAAUAAUACCAAGAGAAGUAAUGAUUAUUGGCCUGAAGAAUUCCGAGAGCCUAAACGACCGAAAGUCGUCACAAGGCCUGUUCAAAACUCUGAUAGAGAAAAUGUUAAUAUAACUAAUUUUAAUGACAGUGAGUUUAUGUGCAACUGUCAAGAACCGGCUAUUUUGUUAACAGUAAGAAAAGAGGGACCAAACAAAGGAAGACAAUUUUAUAAAUGUGCUAAACCACAGGGAUCUACUUGUGAUUUUUUUUUAUGGGCAGAAAAUUCAAGUGAUACACAAAACUCAUGGGGUCAAUCUUCAGAUUCAAAUCAAUGGAACUCCACUCCUACUUCCAAUUCAGUACCUUCUAGAAAUAAUUGGAAUUCAAAUUCUUCUUCCAAUUCAGUAUCUGCUAGAAAUAAUUGGAACCAGGGAAGUAUGGAUAAUAAUCCAGGAUCUUCGAAUACAUCAUGGAAUAAUGAUGACGAUGAUCAAGGUGGUACCAUGUGUACCUGUGGACAACCAGCAAAGAAGCUUACUGUGAGAAAAGAAGGUCCAAAUAAAGGUAGAGAAUUUUAUGCUUGUCCUCAAGGGCCAGGAAGUUCGUGCUCAUUUUUUGAAUGGGCGGACAGUGGUGGUAGUUCUAAUCAAUCUAAUAAUAGUAAUUGGGGCAGCUCAUCUAGAGGAGGAAGCAGUGGACGAGGUAGAGGUCGUGGAAGCGGAGCUCCACGAGCAGCUAGUGGAAAAAGAAAGUGCGGAAUCUGCGGUGUUGAAGGUCAUACUAAGAAAACUUGUCCUCAAAAUGCAAUGGAUUAACUACUGUAAUACUCAACAAUUAAAAAUAUUGUAAAUAAUGUGUAUAAUAUGUAAAUUUGAUUGAAGCUUCAUUUUAAAUACUAAUUAAUCUUAUUGGUUCA